AUGAACACUGGACCCCCAGCAGGAACUGCACUCGCUGCCCCCGCUGGCAGUGGAGGACCCACCACCCCCAAGAAGGGACCCCCCAAAUUCAAGCAGAGGCAGACCCGUACAUUCAAGAGCAAGGCCCCCAAACCUGGACAGAAGGGAUUCGGUGAUGACAUCCCUGGAAUGGAGGGUCUUGGCACAGACAUCACUGUGGUUUGCCCAUGGGAGGCCUUCGGCGACAUGGAACUCAGCGAUUUGGCCAAAUACGGCAUCAUCUAA